GUUGUGCUCUCGGAUUGGAGCGAGGGCUUGCUCAUCCAGAGUGCCUUUCGGGUCACCUGCCGCCCCGGGGCUCGGCGUUCGGUUCCCGGGCCUUGCACGUUCCAUUCCCAGGCAGGUCCUGGGGCUCCAGGAUCCUACUCGCUGCGUCCUCGGGUCGGUGUGUUCAGGCCGGGACGCAGGCGACCAUGGCAGAGUUCUCACAGAAGCAGAGGAAGCAGCGUGGCAACGAAGGCCUGGGCAGUGUGGUGGACUUCCUCCUGGCUAAUGCUCGUUUGGUGCUAGGUGUGGGCGGGGCUGCAGUGCUAGGCAUUGCCACCCUGGCUGUAAAGCGGCUCAUCGACAGGGCCACUAGCCCUCGGGAUGAGGAUGACACCAAGGGGGACAGCUGGAAGGAACUGAACCUGCUGAGAGCCACAUCACACCAACAGCCCCAACCCCCCCCUGCUGCCCUCAGUCAGCCCAUACCUCUUGUGUCCCCCUCACCCUCUGUCCCAGUGGAGCCCACAGCCGCUCAUUCUCAGACCACACCGACGCCUCAACCCAGCUCCCUAGCACCUUUGUGCCUGACGUUGCAGGAGAAGCUGCUGGCAUUUGAGCGCAACCGCGUGACUGUCCCAGAAGCCCAUGUGGCUUUGGUGAAACAGCUGGCUGGAGACAUUGCCUUGGAGCUGCAGGCCUACUUGAGGAGCAAGUUCCCAGAACUGCCCUUUGGUGCACUGGUGCCAGGCGGGCCUCUCUACGAUGGGCUACAGGCAGGGGCUGCUGAGCGUGUGCGCCUGCUAGCACCCCUGGAGUUAGAACCAGGGCUGUGGAGCCUGGUACCUGGCAUGGACACUGUGGCCAGGGAACCUCGGUGCUGGGCUGUGCGCAGGACCCAGCUUGAGUUCCAUCCCCGUGGGCGCAGCCCAUGGGACCGCUUCCUGGUCGGGGGUUAUCUUUCCUCCCGUGUCUUGUUGGAGCUGCUACGGAAGGCUCUGGCAGCCUCCGUCAACUGGCCAGCCAUUGGUAGCCUACUUGGGUGUCUGAUCCGGCCCAAUGUGGCUUCUGAGGAGCUGCUGCUGGACGUGCAACAUGAGUGUCUGGAGUUUUCUCUAGCUGUGCUCCUGGUGGUCCCUGGGGCCAGCACUGAUGGUCGCCUUCUGCUGGCGUGGCCCCUGGAGGGGCUGGCUGCCAAUCUCUGGCUACAGGAUCUAUAUCCUGUAGAAGCUGCCUGUUUGCGGGCCCUGGAUGACCAAGAUGCUGGCGCUCGCCGGAGGUUGUUGCUGCUGCUAUGUGGUGUGUGUCGUGGCCAUCCGGCUCUGGUGCGACUGGGCUGGAGCCACCUGACCCAGGUGGUUCUGCAUCUGGGUAAAGAGGAAGUAGCCUGGACCGAGGAGGCCUUGGGGGAUCGCUUUCUGCAAGCCCUGGAGUUUCUGGUGGGCAGCUUGGAGCAGGCUAACCUGCCCUGUCACUUCAACCCCAGUGUGAACCUCUUGGACAGUUUUCGGGAAGAGGAGAUCGAUGACAUUGGCUAUGUACUGUACAGUGGUCUGCAGGUCCCUGAGAGCCUACUCUAGGUAGAUGAGGCCCAUCAUUGACUUGUUCUUCUGAUGCUGGAGAGCAGCAGCUACCUCCCUCCAGGGACACUGCAGAGUGUGGUUUGCUUUAUUUUAGCCAGAGUGGAGGGGAGGAUGCAUUACCUAAGCCUGUGGGUAGGCAUGUGCCUGGGUGAUGGUGACCAGAAUUCCCAAAUCCAGAGAGUCUGGGUUCAUGUCACCUAAUGUGACUAGCCUGUCCUGGCUUUUAGUGCCAGCCGCACUGAUGCCCCUUGGCCCUCUGGGGUUAUCUUAUGAUCUUGGGCUUAGUCUGUCAUCACCAGCAAUGAACGUGGCUUUUGAUUUCCUAGACUUCACCUACAUUUUGCCAAGAAGGACACUUAAUGUUCUUGGUUGGGUAAGAGCCCCAGGUAUCCUGGAGGUACCCACAGUUGGUCACUGAGUCUCGUGUUUGUUAGUUACUCUCUGGGGCAGGAAUCAUCUGGCACCCUGGAAGGUAGCUUUUUAGCUGUUGAAGGAUGGCGUUUUCCUGCCGGUCAUGCAUUUGUUUCUCUGGUUGAGUCCUCGGGCAUUGAAAUGGAAGUGGUCUUCCUUGCUGCCUGCCUGCCUGCCCGCCUUAUACCUUAGGGAAGAAAGGUCUUGUUUCCUCUUGCUAGGUGGGUUUUUCUGUAGGUCACAAAUUACCUCUGGGAGAGCCCCUUCCUAUUUGGGGGCUGAGCUCUGUGCUGCCUGUGCAAGGCUAUCUCAUAGUGGCUGCUCCUGGGCCUCACUGCAGGGUUGAGGACAUGCCCCUCCCAGAGGCCUGCGUGCAGCCAUGGCCUAUGCAGCCUGCCAAAAUAUUCAUGAUAAAUGUCUGUGUCCUCACCUGGAACCCUGAUUAAGGUGGCAUGGCUAGAGGAGGGAUAUUACCUCCCCUGCCAGGGGCCCUUUCUAUUUUUAGGUAUCCCCCACCACACACACACACACACACACACUGAAACAAUGCUAUGCCUUGAAGAGUGAAUAAAAGAAGGAUCAUUUUUA